AUGUCAUCAAUCCACGGGCAAGCUCUGUGUGCAAAUAAAACCUGUAUAGACCCAAUUGUAAGUAUUUCGCAAGAAAAAUGUUAUUAUAGGCCAGGAAACUCAUGAAAAGCAACCCAUCCUCAGCUAGCCAAAAUAAUCAGUAAGAUGAAUCCUCCAAGUCCAUGUAAAUUAGUGAGAGAUAGAGAGCAGCCUAUUUCAGGCUGUAUUUUAAAGUCUAUAACAGUUCAUACUGAAGUAGAAGCAAUUCCAAUGCCAAAAUUAGGAGAAAGAGAAACCAUUGUACAGAGUAAAAAGUCCUUAUCAUUUGUGAUGGAAAAUAGCUCGAUUCUUAAGAGAAGAGUCAAUCGUGUUGCAAUGCAAUAA